AUGAAGCCUAGCGUCUAUACACUUCUUGGCCUAGCUGCUGCCAGCCAGGCUUCACCUGCUGAGAAGCGAGCAGGUACAGCAUCCGCCUUCAGCUCCAAUUCUGCCGGAAACUACAAGUUAUCUGCCAUCGCUGCACCCGUUCAAGGUGCGGGUAGUCCUGGCUCCGAGUCCACCUGGAAGCUCACCAUUGAUGAUACAAGUUCUGGUCACAAACAGACAAUCGUGGGAUUUGGUGCUGCUGUGACUGAUGCAACCGUGACUUCGUUCAACUCGCUAUCCAGCUCGAGUCUACAGACACUGCUGAACCAGCUCAUGACCGGGUCAGGGGCUGACUUCUCUUUGAUGCGCCACACCAUCGGAGCUUCAGACUUGUCCGGUGAUCCAGCAUACACCUACGAUGACAACGGAGGCUCGGUAGACACAUCGCUUUCGGGCUUUAACCUUGGCGACCGUGGAAACGCGAUGGCUAAGAUGUUGGCCAAAAUGAAGUCAUUGCAACCCAACCUCAAGAUCUUCGGCUCUCCCUGGAGUGCCCCCGGUUGGAUGAAGCUGAACGGUGUCAUCGACGGCACCACAACGAACAACAACCUGAAUGACGGCUAUUUGAGUGGUGGUACCGGAACCUCGGGAUAUGCCAGUGCGUUCGCGCAGUACUUUGUUAAGUAUAUCCAGGCCUUCAAGAACCUUGGCGCCCCUAUCGACGCAAUCACUAUCCAAAACGAGCCUCUGAACAGUCAGUCAGGAUACCCAACAAUGUAUGUCUAUGCCGACGAAUCUGCACAGCUCAUUCAGAACUACAUUGGUCCUGCUAUCUCCAAAGCCGGCCUCAAUACGGACAUCUGGGCGUACGACCAUAACACCGAUGUCCCUAGCUACCCCCAGACGGUCAUCAACGGUGCCAGCGAAUUCGUCGACUCAGUCGCCUGGCACUGCUACGCCAACCCAGUGGACUGGACAGUCCUUACCACCUUCCACAACAGCAACCCAUCUGUGAAGCAGUACAUGACCGAGUGCUGGACCCCCUCGGGAACCUGGAACCAAGCAGCCGACUUCACCAUGGGACCAUUGCAGAACUGGGCUGUCGGCGUAACAGCAUGGACUCUCGGCACCGAUUCCAGUGACGGCCCGCAUCUCUCCAGCGGUGGGUGCGCUACCUGCCAGGGCUUACAAGUUCAUGCCCCCCGCGCCAUUGUCUUGAGCGGUACCGGUAGCUACACCUACUCCAAUGGUGGAGGUAUUCAGUCCGUAGCCUCGCUGAACCCGGAUGGAACACGUUCUGUUGUCAUCGAGAACACGUUCAGCAACGACGUAUAUGUGACUCUCACCACCAAGGGUGGCCAGGAGUGGAGUGGUAAUAUCCCCAGUGAAUCGGUCACUACCUGGGUGCUUCCGGCGUCCAGUUAA